GCAAAUAAUAAACAUAUUCAGCCCCGCUCCGGAUACCUUCGGGGCUGUGAAACAGCUUCAUGAUUCUAACGUUUAAUCCACACUAGGAGAGCACCAUGGACCUCCACAAAAUUAUCCACGAUGCACUUCACGAGUUCAUCCAGGCAUUCAUCCCUGAUGCAGAUCUCAGCACAUUGGAUGAAGUUCUUCUUUCCUACAUCACUGGAGUCUUGGAGGACCUUGGCUCCCAGGAGAGCGUGGAAGAGAACUUUGAUGUAGAGGUCUUCGCUGAGAUGCUGGAGGCCUACAUACCUGGUUUUGCUGAAAUUGACAGCGUCAAAGUCUGUGAAAUGAUGUUCAACUUGGCUUCAAAACUAGCCUCAGCUCGAAGCUCAGAAAAUAGUGUGCCUAAGGCGAGGACAAAUGAGAUUCCAUUGAAGCUCACAGCCAUGUCUACUGGACCACCAGCAGCCAGGGAUACACACUGCCUUAAUACACAGACAGAGGGCGCCACUGCAAAUGUGCCACUGUCAGAGUGGGAGGACCAGGAACAGCACCUCCUGGAGAUGUUCCCCAAGUGCAGCCUGUCAGAAGCACGCAGUGCUCUGUCUAUUGCCAAGGGAGACAUGGAGGAAGCCGUGCGCCUUAUUAUAGAAGGAGACGUCCAACUCAGUCCCUCCCCUCUCAAUGUGAGCCAUGGCAAGGGUAUGUCCUCACUGGCAGACCAGAAGAUGAAAGAGGGCAUCCUUGAGAAGUACAUGCUUGUAGACCGGGAAGAUGAUAAAAAAACACACCGGCCUGUAGCCCCUAAAGAUGCCCCAAAGAAACUAGUUCGAUACCAUAGUAAUCAGGUGGUGACCACGAAAGGAGAGCGAUAUCAGCUUGUGAAGAAAGAAGAGGCUGAUGACAUGAAAAAGACAUAUGUCAGCCUAAAACCUGCACGAAAGUACAGAUUCCAUUGAUGACCCACACCAUACUUGGAGCAGCUAUUGAUUCUAUAUUGUUUACAUAGUUAUUUUUAACUUAUUCAUUAGGUGUGGUCUGACUUUUUAUUUUCUAAAUAUAUAUAUUUCCUAAGGAAGACAUUUUUGUUAAAGUACGCUAUAUGGCCAAAAGUAUGUGGACACUUUUAUGGUUUUGACUAUUUGGUAGAUGUAUAAAAUCAAGCACACCGCUAUGCAAUCUUCAUAGACAAACAUUAGCAGUAAAAUGGGUCAUAUGGCAGAGCUCCUUGACUUUUGACGUGGCACUGUUACAGGAUGCCACUUUUCCAACAAGUCAGUUGGUCAAAUUCCUGCCCUGCUAGAUCUGCCCCAGUCAACUGUAAGUCUAUUAUUGUGAAGUGGAAACGUCUCGGGAGUAACAACAGCUCAGGCCACUUGGUUCCAGUGAAGGGAAAUCUUAAUUCUACAGCAUACAAUAACAUACUAGAGAAUUGUGUGCUUCCAACUUUGUGGCAACAAUUUGGGGAAGGCCCUUGCCUGUAUCAGCAUGACAAUGCCCCUGUCCACAAAGAGAGGUCCAUAAAAGAAAUGGUUUGUCAAAUUAGGUGUGGAAGCACUUGACUGGCCUGCACAGAGCCCUGACCUCAACCCCGUCCAACACCUGGAUGAGUUAGAAUGCGGACUGUGAGACAGGCCUUCUCCCCAACAUCAGUGCCGGACCUCACUAAUUCUCUUGUGGCUGAAUGGGAGCGAAUCCCUGUAGCUAUCAUUUAAAUUGCCUGCAAAUACCCAAGAAUCAUGAAAUAAUACACAAAACUUUGGCGGGUUGAGGAUUAAGCUAUGUUGGAGAGACACCCCAGCACAAAAGUCAAAGGGAGCCAUCUCUCACACUGAGGAGAGAAGAGCUGAGCGUCUUUAUGGUUCUGCACAAUAAAGACGCCUAACAUGUUAAGCCCCUUGGCACUUACUUAAAGACAAUCAACCUAUAGAAACACUCAUGCAUACAGUAGGGAGAACUAAGAGUCAGCAGUACAACCCAAGUAUUGCUUUCUUCAGAAACACAGGAAAAUAGAAACAAGACUCGGGGCCUCUCCAAGAGCUCUAUGUGUGGUAUGACAGCACAUGUCUAUCUCCUGACAGCACAUAACACAGGCAUAAAAAAAAAACAUGUGCAUAAAGAAUAAGUGAUAAAUCUUAGUGUUUUGUGUUAAUUUUCUUCCACAAAGCCAUGUUCCAAAAGCAUAGGGGCACCAACUCCAUCUUAAUGCCCCUGGUUUUAGGAUAAGAUGUUCAACCAGCACGUGUGGAUGUGAAGUCUGAGGGUCCACAUACUUUUGGCCAUGUAGUGUAUUGUCAGUGGCUUAUUUAGAAAACUUUUUACCGACCGUUAUCUGCCUUGGUUGAGAACGCCACGUUGCAUCCUUUUGUGAGUAUCAUGGUUCAUUUAUGAUUGGGUUGUUGCUAUUUUAUCAUGGUUUUUUUUUAGGUUGUGCGUUUGUGUAACAACCAUGUAUACGUUUCUACUUUUUGCCAUCUCAGCAGGGCUGACAUUGCACUGAUAUUUUUUUCCUUGUUUUACAUUUCUUUGUUGUUUUUUUUCGUUUUUUUUUUUAUUUUUAUUUUAUUUUUUUGCUCUUUAUCUCAAAGUGAGGUAUGGUAUAACAUUUCAAACAUAAUGUCACACAGUUUAUAUGUAUUUUAAUGACAGCUAAUUCGCUCAAGUCUAAUGACUAGUAUGAUAAGAAAAGUUGCUACAGAAUUUGUUCCGAUUUGUUUAAAGUGAUGACAACUUUAUAUGGCCAUGCUUUGGACACGCAUGUAACAUAUGUUUAAUUUAAAUGAUAUUUGCAUACUUUUAUUCAUGAUAAUUUUUUUAAUUGAAAACUAGCUGAGAGUACAGUAAGUCACAUGUUUUCUACAAGAAUGUUAAGAUGUGCACAGCAUACCUGUAUAUCUUUGAUUGGUUGACAAUCACUUGUUUGGGUUCGAAAUGGUUUUAGAUUCAGCCAUUUUCUUGUUUUUGGUCACAAGGGGGUUAUUAUAUACAUUUUAGAAAAUGUCCCAAAAUUAGUGGUUGAAAUGAAGAGAUGAUUAGAAUUGUUGCUAUGCACAUGCAAGAGGCUCAUAUGCAUCUCUGAAUGAAUGAUUUAUUUCUAACAUGUAAACAAGCAGGAUAUAUAACAUGCAGAUAAACCAUUGCCAAUAAUCUGAAGUGAUCAAAAAAUCCAUACAUCAAACUUGGUGAACAAAUCUCCAUAUGCAUUAUAUUAUUAGUUAUAGUAUGUCCGGAAAGGAGUAGGAAGAAGUAUACAUUUAUUUUUUCUUUGCGUUAAUUCAGCUACUAUACAGUUGAAACCCAGUUCCCACUGUACAGUAUAGUUCAAAUUCAAUGCAAGUUGUGCUGCACAAUACAAACUCAACUACUGUGAACAAUAAGAGAAUUUUUUUUUAAAAAAAACACCUGAAGGAGGGGGAAAAACGCAUCCUAAUGUCUCUAAACUAACAUUGGUCAUGAAUUAAUGAAACUCAAGGAGUUUUAGGCCAUUGGUGUAUGUUCUCACAAAAAAGGUGAGUUCCCAGGUUUAAUGUAAGUGAACAGACCUUAUUCCUGAAAAUACAUUGAAACCAAUGGAGAAAGUCUGUUAGGUAGAACAGAGGAACGUUAGGAGCCUCUUGCAUGUUUGGAACAGAAAUUAUAACGUCUCUAUUUUAACUACCAUUUUUGGCCAUUGUUUUACAGUUUAAUUCAAAACAGUACUCCCUUGUGACAAGAAAAAAACCCACUUUUUUCAGUCGGAUAUUUUGAUCAAUUUUGAAAAUUCCUUCUGAAUUGUGUUCAGGGCUCAGAGAAAACGUGGGCCGAGUCCAUUUGAAAUUUCUGUUAAAGACUUAAAUGGGUUAAUACCAGCAGUUUCUUUUUGUGUAAGGUCUUAUGGGUAUAACCAGUAACUACUUUUCAUGUAGAUAAUGCACUUAUUCAAACUUUCAUUUAAAUGUUAUUUUCUCAUCACACAUAAAUGCACAGGGGGCAUGAAAUUGUGCAUAUGGAUGAGCUUGUCCCCUUAGUUGCGGGAGAGAUUUUCAAAGUAUUCAAAGUCAAAUUAAGCUCGGUCAAAUAACAUCUUUAUUUUCUAUAUAGAUGUCUAGAUUUUCAAGGUUUAAAAAAAAAUAAAUGUUGAGAUUUCUUGUGAGGAGUGCCUUUGGGCACUCAUCUGCUCCAUCUCUGUUCUCAUUGACUUGUCUUUGCUUGUGGUUUGUUGAUAGGGAUUUAAAAUAUGACUGGAUUUUGGGAUAUAUAACUGUACAUUAGCUUAAAUUGGUUAAGAAAAUUUUACAAAGUUAUACUGUUUUUGUUUUUUUUGUUUGUUUGUCUACAUUUGUUUAGUGUGAAAUAGAGCAUAUUGUUUUUGAUUUGGUAAGGUAAAGAAUAGUUUUCCUUAGUGUAAGUAUCAUACAGCCAAGUGUUUAAAAGGUAUGUUGUUACUGAUAAUUACUGCUGUCAUUAUCGGCUCCAGUUGUCCUAAAUUACUGUUAAGUGAUAUGUGGUUACUGUGAAUAAUUUACCAUUUGACUCAGAACUAACGAGUAUUGACAGCUCAGACCUCGCCUUGAAAAACAAAACUUGUUGCCACACAAUUUAUAGUAAAUAAAUGCUAAUUUUUGUAGAUUA